GCUACGCCCACAAGCCUUUCGCAAAUCGCACAAUGUUAAUCUGAAAUUGCACACAGUUCUUGUCGUUUAAAUUGUCGUUGGUUUUAUUUAACUGAGAUAUAUAACACGCGUGGAUUAGUGGUGGUUUUAUUUCAAUAAGAAUUAACAGGAUUCAUCGCGGUUAAAGUGGAAUAAUUUGAUGAGCAUCAGUGCUAAAAACAAACCCUCCCGUGUCGUUUCUUAUGCCGUUUAUCAGAUGUGAGUGACACUUUUUUCCACGCUCGAUCGCAGUAUUGAUCCGAUGAGAAAUGAAGGACGACCAUAAAGUGGAGGUCGAAUUCGUCGAACAGAUUUUCAGUUUAAAUUUGGUGCCUAGGAAAAAUGCCACCACCUGCGGGAACGACACGUCUCUCUGCGACUUCUCCGAGAUGUGGUAUGGUGUGUUCCUGUGGGCUGUUGUGUCCUCAUUGGUGUUCCACCUGCCCGCUGCCCUCUUGGCUAUUGCAACGCUCCGGAGACAUAAGAUGGCACGAAUUUUCCCCAUCGCCAUCCUGCUCAUGGGCAUCAUAGGUCCACUGUUUGGAGGGGUUCUUACGAGUGCAGCCAUAGCAGGAGUCUAUAAGGCGGCUGGAAAGAGGAUGUACUCUUUGGAGGCCUUGGUGUAUGGAGUGGGACAGUCUUUGUUUGUUUUUAUAAUUUCUUUCCUCAGAAUUCUGGCUACACUGUAGCAUUAAGACACUGGCACACCAGGCUGCCAUCUUGAGGAAUAACUUGGGUAUUAUAUGCAAAACAUGGAGGCCUUACUGUCCCUACACUCCCAACUGCUUGUUUCCUUUUAUACAGAACAAAGCUAUUUGUUUCAAAUGGGUGUAUGAGUGUGCUGUGAUGAGUCAAAUUGUACAUUUAUUGAAAAAAAAAAGAAAUAUUUUCAGAGUUAGCCUUGCAUCACCUUGCACAUUUUUUAAUUUAUUUUAUCGAUGAUCCGACAAUUCCUGUUUUGUUAGACUCUUUAAAUCUUUCAUAACACUAAAUUCUAUGUCUUUAUACAUGUUUGGGUGAUUCAGUGUUGACUGGCAUAUUUCGGUGUAAUUUUAAUAGUUUUACUCUGUACAUAUUUAAGUCCAUUCCAACUUUCCGUUAAGUUUCACUAGAGGGGAAACAAAACAAAACCUGCAUUCUCUUUGCACUGAUUAUAUUAAUCUUUUAGGCCAAAGGCUUAACAUUUGUUUUCUGUUACACUGUUUUUCUGCCCCUGGUUGUGGGCAUGUUUUAGAUUACAGUAAAACGCACAUGGGGGUACAUGUAUGUUGAUUAUGUAAUUUCUUCACAGCAUAAGAAUUCUUUGCUAAAGUGUACUUUGUUAAGUGGCUUUUUGUUGCGUUUUUAAUACGUAAUUGUGAUCAAAGUUAUUUUGAAAUGGGAUUUGACCUUCAUAUAGUUUUUUCUGUAUAUAUAUAUAUAUAUAUAUAUAUAUAUAUAUAUAUGAGAGAUGUAAUAUUGCUUUGACUCUUAACUUGCCCAUAUUUUUCUAAAUGCCCUUAUGAAAAUGAACCAUAGCUUUACUUCAAUAACUAUAGUAUCAUAUUGAUAUACAAGUAAAACCAUAGAAACCACAAAUGUACUAUUUUCGAACUAUAGGAACCAUAGUUUCACCGUGAUAUUUGUUGUAAAUGGUCAUAUAAAUGAUAAUCAAUCUGGCAAAAACAUGGUCACCACACUUUUACUGACCUAUAGUAAAACCAUGGUUAAUUUUCCUAAAUGUAUGGCAGUCUCACCUCUUGCCUGAUAUGUGAAUGUAAAUGAGAUUUUAGCUGUAACUACAGUAUUUCAGAUUUUAACAGUAACAAAAUCACACCUUCACCAAAGAAAUGUUAACAUCAAGCUUUGUGAAGUUUGACUACUGGAAUUUACUAAUUGACAAAAGUCCUUUAGAGAAAUGUAAUACGGAACUUAAAUUAAACUAUGAAAUCAUUAAAGGGCAGACUGAAAAAUAUUAUAAUGAAUAUAGGAGUCAGAAACAAAGUAUAUGUACAUAAAUAUAUAAAAUAAGAUGCUAAUUAAGAAAUCAUUCUCACUUAUGUGAAUGGUUCUUGUUUAAAAAUGUUAGAUUCAAGGCAUUAUAUAAACAGCUGACAUGAAGAUUUAUAUUUUGAACUCACAGUGGAGUCUUUAUCAUUAUAAGAGAUUAAUCUGGUUUUGAAGAAAUUCAACUAUAAUUUGUGUAGUUUCGCCAUUUGUAGACGUAUAAGGCCUCAGGAAGUUCUUGAAUUGUGGGUGUUUUGGUCAAAGCUUGUGUGGUGUGGGCUAAUGAGAAUCAGAAACUUUUAUGAACAAAGUCCUCUGGAGCUACUUUAUUGGUGAUGCUGUUGGGACCCACAAAAUGCAAUGCUUUAUUCCCCAAAGCCUAUGGUCUCUCAAUUGCACAGAUGGAUUUAUUUUUCUAAAUUUCAGUUAUUUGGGGUAAAGUGACUGCUCAUUGUUUUUGUUGUUUGUCUUUGAUUGUAUGGUCUUCUACAAACACCUCUUAAACACCAAUACUUUCCGUUUUUGCAGGCCAGGUUUAAUUAUCUUACUGUGCAAAAAGUGCCAAUUGCUUACUAGUAUUUUCAUGAAAUAAAUUGGUUUGGAUUAUAA